AUGGAGGCACGCCCAGCUUUAACUGUUCAGAGAGCAGGUGCUAAGCAGCUUGGUAACCUUGGGUUGUCUGGAGCACUGUCUUCAUCUUUGCCAGUGGUUCCAACACCUGUAGAAGAGGCAUACCCCAAGUUACAAGGCUGUCAACAGGUUUCAAUGGAAAGGGAGCCUAUGACAAGGCCCCUUGUACAUGCAAGUCAUUUGCCCACUAACAAUGAAGUAGUUGGUCACAUAUUUUCUUCUUCUGCUGGAUUCUCAACAGACCUUCAGUACUCUUCUGUCUCACCCCCAGAGAAAUAUUCAAGGAAUACUCCCUUUAUUUCUCAGUCAUCAGCAAAUGCAGCAGCUUUGCCGAUGUCACAAUCUUCUCCAUCAGGAUUACUUCAAUCUACAACAUCAAGUCAUUAUACUAAUGAAAACAGCGCUUCGUGGUGUCCAGAGUCAUUGCCGGGUUUUCUUGACUUUCCCGUAAACAAUACUGUUCAUAAUAAUCAAAUAGAAAGCAAUAGUUGUACUGGUGUCAUGGCAUCUGAAGAAUUUGGUAAACGAAAUGAUUGGCAGGAAUGGGCAGACCAGCUAAUUACUGAUGAUGAUGCUUUGACAACUAAUUGGAAUGAGCUUCUGGCUGACACCAGUAUUGCAGACGUGGAACCAAAGAUGGCAUACCAGGUCUCCAAACCAUCUUCAAUUACUCCAGUACAACACUCCCCAGUUCAUCUGCAGAUUCCAGCCCCAUCUGCAGAAAUUCGCCCAGUUCUCACCCACACUUCCUCAGCAAAUAGUGCCCCAACCAAGCCACGCAUGCGUUGGACACCAGAACUUCAUGAAGCUUUUGUGGAGGCUGUCAACCAGCUUGGUGGUAGUGAAAGAGCUACUCCAAAAGGCGUGCUGAAGCUGAUGAAAGUUGAGAGUUUGACUAUUUAUCAUGUAAAAAGCCACUUGCAGACUGUUAUUUUUGUUUUUAAUUGGAGAAUAUGCUUCGUUGAAUAUCAGAAAUACCGAACAGCCAGAUACAGGCCAGAGUCAUCAGAAGGAUCCUCAGAGAAAAGGUUGACUCCUAUUGAUGACAUAUCAUCUCUUGACUUGAAAACAGGCAUUGAGAUCACUGAAGCUCUACGGUUACAGAUGGAAGUUCAGAAACGACUGCACGAACAGCUUGAGAUCCAACGAAAUUUACAGUUACGAAUAGAAGAACAGGGGAGGUACCUCCAAAUGAUGUUCGAGAAACAAUGCAAUUCAGGUAUUGACAUUGACAAGUUGAAGGCAGCUUCAUCUGCUUUGGAAAAUCCCUCUACUCUGUCUUCAGAUCCAAUCCAAGACUCCCCUGCCAAAAAUGCAUUGGAAACCCCCCAGGUAGACUGUGGCAAGACACCAAUUGACACAAUUAAUAGCAACCCUGCACUAGAAGGAAGUUCAAAAGAUCUGAAUGGAAAGCAUAAGGCAUCGCAAACUGAAGCUCCUGAAAAUUCUGAGCCAUGUAAUACCGAUUCAAGUUUGCAGCCUGCAAAACGUUCAAGAGCAGAUGCCUAG